AACUUCUUCUAAUGAAUGCGACGUCUCCAACGUCAGGAACGUCUCAGGGCUGUAGGCAUGCUCCAAGUUGGCACCACCCAGCGAAUUGUGGCCCGUAGUCUUAAUGUGUCAACAUCAAUUAGCCGAUUGUGGGCCCGAUAGAGACAAACCAGAAAUGUCGAUGAUCGUCCCAGGUCAGGACGACCAAGGGCCACAACUCCGGUUCAGGACCGCUUCAUUAGGACUUACACGUUGAAGAAUCGAAGUCAGUCAACGAAAUAAAUUGCAAGAGAACUCUAUGUUACAACUGGCGUUACAGUGUCUGGUCAGACUAUUCGUAACAGAUUGCAUAGAAGUAACAUCUACGCUGUCGACGCUACCCACAUUUGACUGCCAGACGUCAGUGCUGUACACAUCGUAGACAUUGGGCUAACAGGCGUUGGCCUCGGGUAAUGUUUUCAGACGAGUCCAGAUACACACUAGACUUCCAUGAUCGAAGACAGCGUGUCUGGCGACGUCCCAACGAACGCUACGCCAACGUCAACGUUCGUCCUCAUGACCCAUUUGGACAUGGUCCGACUGCCAGAACCCAGCUGCAUAUUGUUCUUGGGAGGGUCACUGAGCAGUACCACCGUAACAACAUCCUUGCACCGAUCGUUGUGCCUUUCACACGUCAGACUGGAUGCCAUUUUUUUUCUGGACACCCGUGCUCACCGGAGUCUGUUGGUCACUAAGUAUCUGCAGCAACAGAACAUCAGUGGCAUUCACCACACUACCGUGGCCAGCCCUAAGCCCAGACUUUUCACCCAUUGAGCACAUGUGGGACAUCAUCGGAUGACGUCUCCGAGAACGUCAACGUCAGACAAUCAACUUUGCUGAAUUAGGUGCCACUCUCCAACAAGAAUGGGACAGGAUCCCUCAAAAUUUUAUUGGACGUUUAAUCAGGAGUAUGCCACGUCGAAUUAAUGCGUGCUUGGCAAACCGCAGAUCUUUUACCCGUUUUACUAGUGCAAAUAUUGAAAACGUCAAAUUAACAAGAACCAUCACUGUUGCCUAUCUGUGUCUCUUCCGGACCUACAUCAAUAUCCUGGCUAUAAUCCAGUUUAUUUUUUUACCAAUUUGCAAUAAAUGACUACAUCUCAGUUAUAUUGUGUUAUAUUUGAAUAUCCCGUGUAUUUUGAACAUUAACUAAUAUUUGUUUUGGUUUUCUGUCGUGUCAUGAUCAUGAUGUGUAUGUGUUCUAACAGCGAUAAAACGGGGACACACACACGCAUGCACGGACGCGCGCGUGCGCACAUAAACCCAUACAUACCGUACCCAGCACAGACUAGCCACCGCGUAGGAGCUCUCAAAUAAUGGAGGAAAUAAGAAUCAACCGUGGCUGUCAAAGAUGUGAAUUAGUUCCCUUGUCAACGUGGUGUCAUGGCAGAAGAAGUGAAUUCACGUGGAGGAACUCUCUAUAUUUGUUCUUUUUCUGGCUGCUCUAAAUCAUAUAAGAAACAAAGCCGGUUAAGAGAACAUUUUCGUACUCACACUGGAGAGAGGCCCUACCUCUGUACGGAACUAGGAUGUGGCAAGUCGUACGCCCGAGCUGCCCAUCUCACUCGCCAUCAACAACUGUCCCACCCAGGUUCAGAGGAGCUGGAGACCCUGCAGAGUUACACGUGUUCUCAUGAAGGAUGUGGCCAGUUGUUUACAUUCCCCCACAACUUGAAGAGACACAUAAAACGUGUUCACACCAACAAAGUGUAUCAGUGUUCAUUCAGUGGAUGUGACAAGAGCUUCCGGAAACAUCACCAGCUGAAGGCUCAUCAGUUUGAACACACUAGUGUCGACCCGUAUGUUUGUUCAGAGGAUGGCUGUGGAAAACGUUUUUCUGUGCUUAGUAAAUUUCGACGACAUCAGAAGAUUCAUCAAGAUUUUACCUGUAAUGUUGACGGCUGUUCAUUCAAGGUGAAGAAGUGGACCUUACUGAGGAAGCACAAAGCGGUUGAGCACGGUCCAUCUCACAAGUGUAGCCACUGUGAGAAGGUGUUCAAGCUGAAGUCGUGGCUGAAGUGUCACAUGGUUGUUCAUCAGGACAUGCGGGAAGCAUUCGAGUGUCCACGAGCCGACUGUGGCCGGGUGUACUUUAACGAACGCAACCUGGCGGCUCACCUCCGCACGUACCAUGAUGGUCUGCGCUUUCCAUGUUCGGUUGAGGGCUGUGGACGAACUUUGUGCUCAAAGAGUAAGCUACAUCAACAUCUGAAGCUGCACAACCCCAACAAACCACUGCCCAAGCGAAGGAAGAAGAAGUCCAUUGCUGCAGUUGUUUCUGGGUACAUUGCAAAGCGUGUAAUUGGUGUCAAUGAUAUUUAUAAGUGUUCAGAUUCUGAGGAGGAUAAAAUCUCUGUUGAACCCAUGAAGCAAAGGGAAGUAACUCUUUCUACAACACCCAGUACAGUUACAAGCCAUAGUACAUACAAUGACUAUCUGGAACCUGAUUCUAGUGAAACUGAAAGUGUCACAUCUAGAGCUGUGGCAGAUGUUUCCAUGGUAACACAUGAUGAUGUUUCCAUGGUAAUUCAUGAUGAUGUUUCCAUCAGUGAACAUGGACAAGACAUUAAAUCAAGUUGUGAUUCUAGUAAAAAGGAUACUGUGUUGGAAGACACAGAUAGCUCAGUGUCAACUAACAACUCGCUGUCGACUAACAACUUGUUAAAUAAAGUGCACUUUGGAAAAACUUGUUUCUCUGAUGAUGAAUCUGCAAGUAAAGACAUUUCAUUGCAAAGCUUCAUCUCCACAACGUUUGACAGUGCCAGCAUUAGACUUAAAAGUUAUUCGGCUGCUGGUGGUCUAACAAAAGGGAACUACUCUAUACAUGCAGGUAGUGUUUGUUCUGCAGCAAGUCUUCCUGUUGGACAGAUUCUUGAAAAAUCAUCAAUUAUUAACAAAUCAUGAUGACAGUUGUUGAAACUUGUUUUGUUUUGUGGGAUCAGAGACAUUCAUUAAUACACUUCAUUAUGGUGACUGUGAAUCAGGUUUAUCGCCCUUUAAUUGAGAAAAUAGAUGAAUGAGUUCCACCUGUAAAGAUGUUUAAAGAAUUUAUUUGUAAAGUGUUCACUUGAGUCACAUGACAGGUAUUUGUUAACAUAUAAACCUUUCAUUCUUUUAUUCUGCAAUUCACCUAAACAUUUUAGGGUGAUAAACAUUUUGACGAAAAUAUGUAUGUUCAAAUUUGCUGAACAAACAUGCACAGAUUAAGUGCAGUGAAUCCCCUUUAAAUCAGACAUCAUUGGGACCAAGAAAAAAAGUCUGGUUUAUAGGGAUAUCUGUUAAGUACAGUGCUAAUUUUUUAAAAUGUCCAGUUUUUUGUUAGGGAAUUCCGGGUUUGAGAAAUUUCAGCGUACAAACAUACAGACUUGAAAACCACUGUCAUGUUGAACCUUAGAUUAAAUAACUUGAAAUGCAUUUCUGAAUAUUCUCAAAUCUUCAGCAGCUGUUAAUAUGAUUAUAGCAUUUAAAAGACAUCGCUGUGCUCAGAAGUAACAAAAAACCUGUUAUGCCAUAAUAAUUAGUGCUAUCUUUAGCCCUGAAUUUGUUUAUUACAUGGAUACUUAAUGUUGUUAAAGACAUUUCUUCUUGUGCAAUAUAUUGUAUUGUAGUGCAUAAAUACCAGAAAUAUAUUGUUAAAGACAUUUCUUCUUGUGCAAUAUAUUGUAUUGUAGUGCAAUAAAUACCAGAAAUAUA